UGAAAUGUAUAUGCGUGAGGUUUUAGCGACGAACCUUUAACCUUCCACGCAUAGAGCCUGAUAGAUCCCAUUGCCAGUAUUAACCACGUAACACCUUCGGAACCAUUGUGUGCAUAGAUUAGUUCCAUUGUUUCCAUUGCAUAUCCCUGCCUGUCUGGUGGAUAAAAGUGAAAGUUUGUUGAAGUGCCGGACCGAUCGGAAGGGCUGCAGCAACGCCGCGACGUGUUCAAGGAAAACUUACGAUGAAGCAGAGUGUGCUGAUAACCUUGGGCAUAUUGAUGCAGCUUGCAUCGUUGGCUAUUUGUCAACGUGUAGCACCUGGAGUUAAUCCUAACCAUUAUCAACAGCAACAAUAUCAGCCGCCCUCUCCACAGUAUCAACAAGUUCCUCAACAACAGCAGCCCCAAUAUCAUCAACAACCUUCGCAGCAGCAACAUCAGCAACAGCAGCAGCAACAACAACCUCAGUAUCAGCAACAACAAUUUCAGCCACAGCAACAUCAGCCACAGCAACAUCAGCAACAACAACAACCGCCCCAGGGCGAUCAUGGCCAGCAGCAAGUGCUUCAUACUGGAAAUUUACAACAAGAGAAACAACACAUUGCUGAACAUAUGGAAGUACCGAUCGAUACAAGCAAAAUGAGUGAACAAGAACUGCAGUUCCAUUACUUUAAAAUGCACGAUUCUGACAACAACAACAAGCUGGAUGGCUGUGAGCUUAUCAAAUCGCUCAUUCAUUGGCACGAACAAGGCAAGGCACAAGAAAACAGUGGCCACCCGCAGCAUGAGGAGAAAAUAUUCUCUAACGACGAACUAUCUGCGUUGAUAGAUCCAAUUCUUAACUCAGACGAUCAUAAUCAAGAUGGUUUCAUCGACUAUCCGGAAUUUGUGCGCGCUCAGCACAAAGCAGCCCAGCAGCAGCAACAAGAACAGCAGCAACAACAGCCACACCCUUAGUAUGUGUAUAUUUUCUUCGCAGUUUUCAGAACUGGUUUCGUUGUAUCUGAGAUAGACUGAUAAAAUAAUAACUGAGCUUGUAAAGCCUAAGUCCUCACGCCUAAAGGUACUGAGUGACUUUUGGAUGAAACCGGAAAGCAUUUCUACUACUAAAUCUAAAGAGUUAAAUUGAAUUGACACAUUCCUGAUCAGUAUAUUGAUACGCAAAACAUUGGUUUAUCAAAUAGCGCAAUUCAGUAUUAGUUUCCGUUUCCGUCGUUUUUUCGUUCCAUUUAAAUACCUAUUGCAAUAAUUUCGCGAAAUAUUGGUCCUAUUUUUAUAACAUACCAUAGCAUAACUAAAGUUAUAGCCACAAAGUUAGCUAAUUUAUUUCACGUUGCAUUCGUGUAGGAGAAAAGGAUCGUUUGAAACAAUUUGAGUUCAGUUUUUGAAUGGAUAUUGUAUGAAACAUAAUGUCAGGGAAACAUGUUUUAUGGCAGCCAUGCGAAACAAUAACAGACCACACGCACAAUAAUAAUGACUUUUAUUUGUUUUAAUGAAUGUAAGUGAUUGUGCGCUUGAACGUGUGUUUUGAAUGUAUGUGUUUGUUUCGUUUAAGUUUCUUUGUUGCAAGUGAACAAAAACCGUCAUGAAUUGAAAAGAAUUACAUUUUGUUAUAAGCAACUACAUAAAAAACGGAUAGCAUUGUACUAUUGAUCACUGGUAAUCAUUCAUCGGGGUGUCCGAAAUUUCUCAUCUUGAUCAUUGUGUAGCGUUACGUUUGUGUGUUAAUAGACUCUAUAAUUUUAACCGCCGUUCG